AUGCACUGGACCGACGAGCUCAACGCGCUGCUGAACCAGUGCGUGUUCGCCAGCGGCUACGACUUUGGCGCCUCCAGCGAGCUCUUCUGCCGGCAGGCCGCCAAGUUGCGAAGGUUUCGUGUUGCCCUGGCGUUUGCCGUGUCCGACGUAGAGGUGGCUCACUCUUUGGCGUGUGCUGCAAGCGGUGACGAGGAGCUCAAGUUGACGGCGAAUCAGUGCCAGGAGCAGUGGAUGGCCUUGAACCCGACGGAAGACGACGACGACGACCACGACCACGAGGAUAAAGCUGAGCGUCCGGAGACAGAGGCCGACGACCACCUCGGUCCUCGAGCAUCGGAGCUGAAUGACACAGCACCGCCGGAGGUCGAUGAAGAUGAUGAUGAAGAAGACUCGGCUGUCAUUCCGGACGGAGGACCCCGCCUCGAGCUGUCCUUGUCGGACGCAGAGCUGGACAUGCUGCUGAGCACGUUGCCGCCGAGUGAGGGGCCCGAAGCCAGCAGCUCUGCCGACGCGAAAGACCGACAGUCGUCGGGCGUUCGGAGUGAGAUGCAGUGGGUGCUCGCCUUCCUGACGGACCCGGACGCGAUCGCAAGUGUCGAUGUCGAAGCCAAGAACUUGAUGGGCAGCCCCGAGAAGCACGACGACGACAACUACCAGGUCUUCCUGCAGGACCUCCAGGAGGCCAACUUGAUGGCGCCAGCGCCGACCGCAAUUGAAAGGCAUUCGCACCGGCAGGAAGUGACAGAGCCAGCUACGGGUGAAGACAAUUGCGCCAGACCGGCAUAA